GAUCUAACAUCAACAUUAUUCCACUGGAUUUCACAUAUUUUCAAACAACACUGAAAAAAGCUACUCCGUACGAGUAUUCAAUUUCCCCAGAAUUCAAAAAUCGAUCUUCCCCCCUCUUUCUCUCCCAAAAACCGAAAGCAAAGGUACAAAUAUGGCGGAAACCCUAAGCCCAAAUCCUGUACAAAAACAACGUGCAACAAUUUCUACCCGCCUUCAAUCUCCGACAAGCCCCUUCUUCUUAGGCUCCAACGACGACAAACUUGAACGCGCUCAAGCUCGCGCCGCACGCGCCGCCGCCGUCCGCCGUAAACUUGCUGAAGAUGCUUUUCUUCCUCCGCCUCCUUCUUCUCCAUCAAAUUCUUGCCUUGAUGGUGCCCAAAUCAUGGAGUUGUUCCGCAAUUGCAUCAAGCUCGCCAGUGAAAAUAAAAUCAAUCAGAAGAAUACCUGGGAGCUUAAGCUUAUAGAUCAUCUCAGUGAGAUUAUCAAAGUUGAAGAUGAAAAAGAUACUGAGACCAACUUUCAGAAGGCAAGUUGUACACUGGAAGCUGGGGUGAAAAUUUAUGCAUUGAGGGUAGAUUCGGUACAUUCUGAAGCUUAUAAAGUCCUUGGUGGAAUCAGUAGAGCUGGACUUAAUGAUCAACAAGAAACUUCAGCGGAAGGAGACAAUGACAACAAUGAGCAGGAUGUCAAUCAGCCCAAAAAGGAUUCAGAGAGGAAGCUAUCACCUCUGUCAACGCUGGAAUCAUCUUUCGAGGCUUUGAAUGUCAAGAAGCUUGAUGUUGCUUUUGCAGUGGAUCCUCUGUAUCAUCAGACAACUGCACAAUUUGAUGAGGGUGGGGCAAAGGGUCUUCUCCUAAAUAACCUUGGAAUUUAUGGAGGGUGUCGAGUACUUUUUGAUUCACAAGAGAUUCCAGCAAAGUGCAUUUCUUCAACUAAUGAUACUAAUUCUUCCAAUCGAAUCGAUAUCUCUUUUGCUGGAGAAUGCAUUGACCAAAUGGUAGCCAAUGUGAACACAAAGAAAGAUAUAUGUCCUACUUUCAGUGCUAUAGUACAACAGCUUGAUGAAUAUAGUUUGCAACAAAGGCAACAUCAGAGUAGUCAGGACUCUGUGUGCGAAGUUGAUGAUAUCACGGUUGAGUUGAAUGGAGUGAAUGAUAUAAAUGGUGACAGAGGUUGUGAGUUGGAUGACGGUUCAUAUGAUAAUGGCGAGGCUUGUUCAUUUGAUCACAACGAUGAUGCAUAUCAUGCUGAUGACGGUUUUGACCCCGGUGAUCAAAAUUUGGCUGAUCAGUAUGAGGAACAAGAAACAUCUAUGUCCAGCGAAUUUGAUGAAUAUGACAGAUUGGACAAUGUUGCUUCCCUUCUUUUGGGAGCUUCUGGAGUGAUAUCAACUCAUAAUGCAUGGGCUGGACCUGAACAUUGGAAGUAUCGAAAGUCUAAGACUGUAGGUACUGAGAGUGUUACUGCUCAAGACACUGAGUUGGUUUCUGCAGCCAAAAGACAGAAAACAAAAAAAGCUUCUGAAGCAGAUAUUGAUUUUACGAAAGCUUUGGAUGAAGGCAUGCCAGAUAUUUUCGCUCCUCCUAAAAAUCUAAAGUCAUUAUUGCUUCCUGCUAAAAAAGUGCCUUGCUCCAACAAACUUCCAGAGGAUUGCCAUUACCAUCCUGAGGAUCUUGUGAAGUUGUUUCUCCUUCCAAAUGUUAUGUGCCUUGGGAAGAGAAGAAGACGAAGAAGAGUGGCAGAUAAUGGCUCUUGGCAAGAAGGGAGUGAUUUUAGUGGAGCACUUCCUGCGUGGGAUAAUGACAGUUCUUGCAGUGGCCCUGAUAACGAUGGUUAUGCUCACAGUGACAUAGAGGAGCAGGAUGUACUGGUCUCUCAGCCUCGUCAGGUCAACAAAAUUGAAGUUCAUUAUGACAAAACUGCAAAGCAAGUUGAUGUACAUUUGCUGAAGGAGACACUUUGGGGUCACAUACAUGAGUUCGUUCAAGCACCUGAAAUGAAUGAUCCUGAAGAUGCCAUAUCUUUCAACCAAGUGUUAGCUACCUUCCCUGAUGAUUGUGGUGCAGCAGCAGCCCGUGAUAUAUCACCUCAUCUAUGUUUUAUUUGCCUUUUGCAUCUGGCCAAUGAACACGGCUUGAGGAUCCAAGGCUGCACUAACAUGGAUGACCUCAGUAUACAUCUUCCUGUCUCUUCCCAGAACACAGAUUUAUAGCUGAGUGCCUGAGUUCAAUGCAUACUUUUGUGUUCGACGCUCAACAACAGACCUUGUAAUCAUUAACCAGUGUGACAAGUUUUAAUUGUGUUGUGUAUAGCUACACCACCUCCCCUUCAUCGAAGUGGCAUCACAAUAAUCACAGGAAGUAAUUGAAAUUACAUCAGCAGCAGAUAUAUUCCGGUUGUGGUGUUUUUGGUUAGUCGUUUUCUGUUCGAUGUAUCUUCCACAUUUGGCAUCUGCAAUGUAAGCCAAAGAAUUUGUAAUGUAGACCUACAUGAUGUGCGAGUCUCAAAAUAGUAAUAUGAUAUUGUAAUUCUUUUGGCUGUGUGUUGAUCAAAAUAAUAUGAUACGGAGUAUGUA